UGAAUAAGAAGUGGGUGUGAUGUCUCAGUUUGGGCGGUUUUAGUGGCUCGGCAGAUGCCAGACACCUUACAAACCACAUUUCCUCAAUUCAGUCGCCUGUAGCGAUACAACUUUCCCCUCAAGGUCUCCUUGGAAUGGCAGCAGAAGCCGAGCGCGGCUCGUUCGUGGAAAAUGCGGAGGUCGUCAGGAGGUCUUUGUAAGCCGAUCUUUUGAGGGGACGUCGUGGAUUUACUUUCGCAGACGCUAGAAAUACGAGGAGCGCGUUAAAGCCGCGGCGCGAGCGUGUAUGUAUGUAGACAUGGCAGGGCUGUGCACAUCCGGGCCACAGGACCGUGACUCCAUUAUUUUCUGUUCACUGUGAAACUGGCGUUGAGGGCAACCAAAAAGCAACUCUAUAGCACAUUCGACUCGUUUUCUGUAGUAAUCAGCCUGGACAAGGGUCAAGGACAUGUCUAAUCAAGGAGUUAGAAGAAAUGGACCCGUUAAGUUGCGUUUAACAGUUCUGUGCGCAAAGAACCUGGUGAAGAAAGACUUCUUCCGACUGCCAGACCCCUUUGCCAAGGUGGUGGUGGACGGUUCAGGGCAGUGCCACUCGACAGACACAGUGAGGAACACGCUGGACCCCAAAUGGAACCAGCACUAUGACCUGUAUAUCGGGAAGUCGGACUCCAUCACCAUCAGUGUGUGGAACCAUAAGAAGAUCCAUAAGAAACAGGGAGCGGGAUUCCUGGGAUGCGUACGACUCCUCUCCAACUCUAUUAACCGACUCAAGGACACAGGCUAUCAGCGUUUGGACCUGAACAAGUUGGGGCCCAAUGACAGCGAUACCGUGAGGGGACAGAUAGUAGGUUGCACGUCCCAUGGCCACACCACAGUUUUUACAAGCAGCCAUUCAUCAGAAGAUGAAUGCUUUCCCAUGGCCGAGAGUUUCAAACAACCCUCUGAUAGGCCUGUAUGUCUUCAUGUCACGUCAAGAUUUGCGUCACACAUGCGUUUUGAUGAGUCACAUGAAUUUAGCCUUCAGUCAAGGGACAGGAUAGGCACCGGAGGGCCAGUCGUGGACUGCAGUCGUCUGUUUGACAACGACCUGCCUGAUGGCUGGGAGGAGAGGAGAACUGCAUCUGGCCGGAUCCAGUAUCUGAAUCAUAUCACACGCAGCACCCAAUGGGAGAGACCUACCAGAGGUGCAAAUGGUUUGCAAACUGAAAGUCUUGUAGGAGGAUCAAGGCCUGCUUCUGAGUACUCAAGCCCCGGCCGGCCGCUCAGCUGCCUGGUGGAUGAGAACACGCCUAUCAUGACGCCCAACGGGGCAGCGGGCGUACCUGCAGAUGACCCCCGGGUGCAGGAGCGGAGGGUUCGCUCUCAGAGACACAGAAACUACAUGAGCAGAACUCACCUACACACACCACCCGAUCUGCCUGAGGGCUACGAGCAAAGGACCACGCAGCAGGGUCAGGUGUACUUCCUGCACACGCAGACGGGCGUAAGCACAUGGCACGACCCCAGAGUGCCCAGGGAUCUCAGUAAUGUGAAUUGUGAGGAGUUGGGCCCAUUGCCUCCAGGCUGGGAGAUAAGAAACACAGCCACCGGACGAGUGUACUUCGUGGACCACAACAACCGGACCACACAAUUCACAGACCCGCGUCUCUCCGCUAACCUGCACCUCGUCCUAAAUCCCAGUCCGAAUGGCUCCCGUGGUGCCGUUGAGGCUCAGAGCAGUCGUCCCGCACAGCUGAAGGAGCAGGCUCAGUCUGUCAUGUCUCCUGGAAAUCUCCCUGAGGACCCUGAAUGUCUCACGGUGCCCAAGUACAAGCGAGAUCUGGUGCAGAAACUGAAAAUCCUGCGACAGGAGUUGUCCCAGCAGCAGCCGCAGGCGGGACACUGCCGUAUCGAGGUCUCACGUGAGGAGAUCUUUGAGGAAUCAUACCGGCAGGUGAUGAAGAUGAGGCCGAAGGACCUGUGGAAGAGGUUGAUGGUCAAGUUCAGAGGAGAGGAAGGUCUCGACUAUGGUGGAGUCGCUAGGGAGUGGUUGUACUUGCUGUCGCAUGAGAUGUUAAAUCCAUACUACGGACUGUUCCAGUAUUCACGAGAUGACAUCUACACGCUACAGAUCAACCCGGACUCUGCCGUUAAUCCGGAGCAUUUGUCUUAUUUCCACUUUGUGGGGAGGAUUAUGGGAAUGGCUGUUUUCCACGGGCACUACAUAGACGGAGGCUUCACUCUGCCCUUCUACAAGCAGUUGCUAGGGAAACCCAUCACUCUAGACGAUAUGGAGUCAGUGGAUCCAGAUCUCCACAACAGCCUCGUCUGGAUCCUAGAUAAUGACAUCACUGGGGUGUUGGACCACACGUUCUGCGUCGAACACAAUGCAUAUGGAGAGAUUAUUCAGCACGAGCUCAAACCCAACGGCAAGAGCAUCUCAGUCACCCAGGACACCAAGAAGGAGUAUGUGAAGCUGUAUGUGAACUGGCGGUUCCUGAGGGGCAUCGAGGCUCAGUUCCUGGCCCUCCAGAAAGGCUUUAAUGAGGUCAUCCCACAACACCUACUCAAGGCGUUUGAUGAGAAAGAGUUGGAGCUUAUUGUGUGUGGACUUGGAAAGAUCGACAUCAAUGACUGGAAGUCAAAUACCCGCCUGAAGCACUGCACACCUGACAGUAACAUCGUGAAGUGGUUCUGGCGGGCUGUGGAGUCGUAUGAUGAGGAGAGGAGAGCCAGACUGCUGCAGUUUGUCACCGGCUCCUCCAGAGUCCCACUGCAAGGAUUCAAAGCCCUGCAAGGUGCUGCUGGACCACGUCUCUUCACCAUCCAUCAGAUCGACGCCAGCACCAACAACCUGCCCAAAGCACACACUUGCUUCAACCGUAUCGACAUUCCUCCAUACGAGAGCUACGACAAACUCUACGACAAGCUGCUGACGGCCAUCGAGGAGACCUGCGGUUUUGCUGUGGAAUGAUCGUCCACCGCCGGCGCUCGCAGUGGAACCUUUCUCCAGGCGGCAGACGUGUGGGCCUCACAAGGAGCUCUGACGGAGGGGCUGAGGAAGGGUGGAUUAUACCGCAGCACUCCACGCCUGAUGCUGCUAUACAGAUCUUUCUGCAUUAUUUGAAAAGAAGAGAAGAAAACAACAAUGUAUCUUUUCAGCUGCUAGUAACUCUUUUACUUACUAUUUUGGAACCUCCUCUUCCUCUUUUGUUUUUUUUUUUCCAAGUCCAUACGUUGAUUUUUAGCAUUAAGACAACAUAUUAUCAGUGUUCCAUGUAGCAUUUUCACAGACUAGACUUUCGGAGAGGCCGGACUUUAGCGGGGCACGCAGAACAAGAGCACUCCGGCAUGAGCUAACACAGAAGCACUACUGUCCUUAUCAAAGACUAGACGCAAACGUCAACAGAAGACCAAGUUUGUCAUUUGGGACCUGCGCAGGGUGCUGAUCUUCGGCCCGCUUGGACCUUAGCAAGCCGUGAGAUGAAUUCCUUUCGAUCAGGGAACUCUGCUCCACUGGCCUCUUCUGGGCUGCCCUACACCAGACGCCAUCUUGAAUACCUGUGCUCCAUUCCUCAAGACUGGUGUCAUCCGCAGUCUGACUUAUAAGCUUGUUGAAAGUGAACGAACGAAUACAUGAAUUCUUAGGUAGGUAGGUAGGUAGUCUAGCUUUAUUUUUAUAUGAGAGGCGUGAGAGGACGAGGUUAAGAGAGAAACUAUACAGAUAUAAUAUAUUGGCAUCGUCGCAGGAACCGUUGCCGAUGUUUCCAGAGCAGAAAAUGAAGUUGAGCCCAUUGAAAUGGCUUCAGUGAGAUUGGCUUUGGCUUGCUUUGAAUGUUCAAAUUCCUUUCUUUUUUUUUUUUUCCUAAGAAAAAUUGUGAAGAGAAACAUUUUAAUAUGUUGCAUUACUGGUGUCAACUUUUUGGUAAACUGUAUUCUAAUCUGUCUCCGAUGUCAAUCGAACCCUUUAAUAGAAUUAAAUAUGAUGCAUAUGUAUGAGCAUGUUAUUGAGAUGUGAAGUGUCUUCCAUUUCAUACCUUCUCAUUAUAUUGUUACCAAUUAUUUUCUGGACCUGUUUUUUUAAUUAGAAUUAGUAUAAUUAUUAUUAUUUCCUGAAAGAAGAAAUGCAACUGUUUACCCCUCAUGGAAAUCAAGGGAGAGAAGUGUCCGUAUUACUUAUUUUUGUAAUUUAUUAUUAACCCAUUGUAGUACCAAUUUACUGAUUUUUUUUACCAUGAAAAAUGUCACUGGCCUUCAGUGAGUGUUACAGACGAACUGCAAGGAGGAUCGCUGUGCUAAAGAACAAGAAACAAUUCUAUCUUUUAUAGAAAUGCAUCAGCUUUAGGUGUAAAUCUAGCAGAAGAAAACAAAAGCAUGUCUCGUGUGCUCUUUGUAAGCCUCCGAAAUGCACAGCUUGAAAACCAGUUCCUUCAGGAUUAUUAAAAGAAACUGCGUAAAUAAACACAUGCGGUUUUAUAUAUAAAUAAAUAAAUAUAUAUAUUGUUGAAUGUUUCUGAGAUGCUGCCUGUCUAUAGCAAUCCUCUAUGACCAUGGACUGUUGUUAAGAGUUUGCAUACGCUGAAAAUGAGCUAUACAUCUUUUGUUACUUUUUUUAUAAAUUUGAGUGUGAAAAGGUGAAAAAAAUAACAAAACAAAAAAUAAAAAAGCCUCUUGAUGGAUCAGUUAAAUAUUCAGAGAUGGUGCUUUGUAUAGUUAUAGAAUAUUGUUCAUAUAUGUGGGUCACUGACUGUCAUUUUAUCUUUUAAUUUAAUUAGAUUUGAAAGAGAAAAAAAAUACAAUUUGUGCGCACACACACACACACACACACUAUAUAAUGGCUGUAUAUACUAGGCAAAAAAUAUAUAUUUACCAAACUCUUUAUGGACUGAAUGAUUAUAUAUUUCACUUAAAUCUGGUGCACACAUAAAGAUCUCUUCGUCUUCUCUUCUUUUAACAUUUUUUUAUUUUUUUUAUUUGUAUAGUUAAAUAGACCUCCAUAUGGACUGGAUGCCCUGUUAACUAGGCUUUGAGAGGGUCGUUCCUUUACAGCAUGAUUUACUAGCAACACUUUUAACUUUCAUAGCUGACCAGUGCAAUUUGCUAAAUGUAACACACACUAUCAUUUUUUGUAAGAGUGUUUUAUGUUUGUGUAAUUAGAUCUGAUUAAACGUGCCUUCCUGAUGGGA